CUGCAACCUUCAAGGGUGUGUGCUUGUUGCCCCACUUUAAAAGGUUGAACUUAAUUCAUUGCUUGCAAAGUGUUAUGGGAACUUUUGGGUUUCUGCGCAUGUGAAAUCUCAACUUUAUAAAUGUUGGGGAUGAGAGGCAGACUUCUGUUUUCCUCUGCUUGAAGCACCAGGUCUUAUACUGCUCGGAGGAAGAAGGAUAGGUUGUCAGAUAAGCAAUGCCUGUUCCUCUUGCUCCGUAUCCGACACCUCCGGUAUCAUUUACGCCACCAAAUGGUGCACAGAGCCAACUUGUGUGUUCUGGCUGCCGAAACCUUCUUCUCUAUCCAGUAGGUGCAACUUCUGUUUGUUGUGCCGUCUGCAAUGCAGUGACAGCAGUGCCCCCUCCAGGCACAGAGAUGGCUCAGUUGGUCUGUGGAGGCUGCCACACCUUACUCAUGUACAUUCGUGGAGCAACAAGCGUACAGUGUUCUUGUUGUCACACGAUCAACCUAGCCUUAGAAGCAAACCAGGUCGCACAUGUCAACUGUGGGAACUGCCGCAUGCUAUUGAUGUAUCAAUAUGGAGCACAAUCUGUGAAAUGUUCAGUUUGCAGUUUUGUGACAUCAGUUGGGGCUACACCAAGCGCUACAGAGCAAAAGUUCAAUAAUUGAGAUUGUAAAGCUGCAAGUUAUAGACUCCUACGAGUUCAUUCUUUCAUCUUACGGCAUCUCACUUAUUGCUUUUAUCAACAGGCGGCUUUAUCUGGAUGUAUAGAGUUGUUUUUUCAUCUUUUGCUUCUAUUGAAUAAGCAUUUUUGGUUGGUUUGAGUGUGUGAUUAUUCCAUGAGAAGAAUGUUCUUUUCCUUGUGCAAUUAGAACAGGUAAGGACACAGCUUUUUCCAAUUUUACACGUGUACUAGUGACAUGAAAUCCACAUCAUAUAUUUACCUCCCAAUAUUUAUGCUGUUUGGUUUUUGAAUGAUCAACCGCAACUAGUAAUGUUCUUUGG